AUGGAAGAAAGAACAAUUGCCCUAGAAAUCCCCGAGGUUCUGAAGAAGAAACUGGAGGAUGACUGUUACUAUAUCAACAGGAGGAAGCGGCUGGUGAAACUUCCAUGCCGGACCAACAUUAUCUCGAUUUUGGAAUCGUACGUGAAGCAUUUUGCGAUCAACGUUGCCUUCUCGGCUAGCGAGACGCCGCGUCCCCAUCAGGCCAACGCGCACUCGGGCGUGACUCUGCACUGUGUCCCCGCCGAGAAGAAUCAGGGCAGUCGCCCUCGUCACCUGCUCUGCCCGCGAGACCCCACUGUAGGCGGGGCCGGCAGCGUGGACCUUUGUAAGGAGAUGGUGGACGGGCUGAGGAUAACCUUCGAUUACACUCUCCCGCUCGUUCUGCUGUAUCCGUACGAACAAGAGCAAUAUAAAAUGGCGACGUUGUCCACAGUUUUUCUUCCGGUGAAGGGAAGCGUCACCGACAUGACCAGAAGCUCGGUGGAGCUCUCUCCUAGCCCACCUUUAGCGAAUCCGGCGGCCCCACAACCCACGGAGGGGCAGCCAGUGGCCGGGGAGCCCACCACCCCCAAAAGGCGCAAAGCCGAGCCCGAAGCUUUGCUGUCUCUGCGGCGCUCCACACGCCACUCGGUGGGCUGCGACACCCUGUCGGAGAGCGGGGCCUCCCCGCAACCCUUGUGCUGGCAGCAGGACACGGCCGCCCUGCACCUGGAAAAGACGACACCAGUGCAGAGCGGCUCCACCCCACCUGUCCUUCUGACCCUCAGUCAAGAAGGGAGCAUUGUGUUUGCUGGCGUGGAAGGCAGAUCUCAAGAAAUAAAUGAAGUACUGACCUGGAAACUUGUGCCUGAAAGUUAUCCGCCCAGUGACCAGCCACCUCCUGCCUCUUAUAUUUAUGGAGCACAACACUUGCUGCGGUUAUUUGUGAAACUUCCAGAAAUUCUUGGAAAGAUGUCCCUGCCCGAGAAGAACCUGAAGGCGUUACUGAAGCACUUAGAUCUCUUCCUGCGGUUUUUAGCAGAAUACCAUGAUGACUUCUUCCCAGAGUCAGCCUAUGUGGCUGCCUGUGAAGUGCACAGUAGCACCAAACCCCCCAGGGCCAUGUGCUGA